AUGUACACUGAUCAUCAGGGCACUGAUGAUCGGUGUGCCCUGAUGAUCAGUGUGGCCCCAGAAGUGCCACCUGUCAGUGCCCAUCAGUGCCAUGUGCCAGUGCCCAUCAAUGCCACAUAUCAGUGCCCAUUCUGAGCUGCCUUUCAAUGUCACCAUCAGUGCCAUCAGUGCCGCCUAUCAGUGCCAGUCAGUGCCGGCCUAUCAGUGCCAUAUAUCAGUGUCAUGUAUCAGUGCUGCCUUUCAGUGCCCAUCAGUGAUGCCUGUCAAUGCCUAUCAGUGCAACCUACCAGUGCCUCCUCAUCAGUGUCCAUCAGUGCAGCCUAUCAGUGCCCAUCACUGAAGCCUCAUUAGCGCACAUCAGUGAAG